GCCCAAUAAUUAGGCGCGCGCGGGCAGUGGCAUUCCCGCAAAUCCCUCGCAACACCGGAGCUCUUGUGGCGGCGGCGAGCCCUAUAAACCGGGGGCGGCGUACCCUAGCCGCCAUUAACACUGCCACAGCAGCCGUGUCCACCUCACGUAUGAUCUGUAGCCACUGAUAGACACCAGCUGCUAGCCUGUGCUACUGCCGCUGCUGCUACCUGUCGUGUCCUUUUCCUCUGCCUGAUUGCCUCUCUGCUCUGAGCCGCCAUGGAUAUCUGGAAGUCCAAGGUGCUGCCCAAGAUCAAGCUCGUCUUCGCCAAGUCCGGCGGCAAGAAGGCCGCCGCCGCCGCCGAGCUCGUCAAGUCCUUCGACGAGUCCAAGGAGGGGAUCAAUGGCGAGUUCGAGGAGAAGAAGGCGGAUCUCCAGCCUAAGGUCGUCGAGAUCUACGAGUCUGUUCCUGCCCCGCUCAAGGUUCUGAUCAAGGAGAGGAGCAAGGUGUCCGGGAUCAAGAAGAACUCGGCCGCCAUCACCAAGUUCUUCGAGGAACUGGCCAAGAUCGAGUUUCCUGGCGCCAAGCAAGUGAGCGAGGGCAUCUCCAAGGUCGGCCCGGCCCUGCUGUCCGGCCCCAUCUUCGCCACGUUCGAGAAGGUCUCCUCCCUGCUCCCUGUCGCCGCCGAGGAGGCGCCCAAGGAGGCUCCGGUCGUGGCCGCCGCCGCCGCUGAGGAGGCAGCCGAGAAGAAGGACGCCGCCGCUGCUGAAGCGCCGGCCGGCGAGAAGAAGGAAGAGGCUCCGGCAGCCGUCGAGGAGAAGAAAGAAGAGGCGGCUCCUGCAGCCGCCGAGGAGACCGCCGCCGCAGCGGAGACUGCGCCCCCUGCUGCCGAUGCACCUGCCGCAGAGCCCGCUGCGGAGGCGGCGCCGGCCGAGGCAGCGGCCCCAGCCGAGCCGGCGGCGAAGGCCGAGGAGGAGACGCCCAAGGCCUAGCCUAGCUAGGGUUCAGAUUCAUCUUGCAGCCCGCAGCUAGGUAGAGAGAUCCUUCCCCGCGUGCAACCAUGCUCUACCAUCACCCGUUCGUUGUUCUUGCAUAUAUGCAACCUGUACGUUUCUGCGCAGACCGGUUAGACAUGUAUGUAUAUGUAAGCCUAUAAUUUUUGUAUGUACCUAUUAUUCAUUUGAAGUGUGAGGACAUGUAUAUUAUUCUCAGUUUUGGUUCAAUUCAAUCAGUAAUUAAUUCUUUGUUGUUUCA